UGUCAGGGAAGAGCAACAGCGCCCUCCUCCAUCAGUCUUAUCGUGACUUACUUUAUGACUUUGAACUAUUUGUCUCUUAUACUUCGCCGUAGAAAAGACGUGUAAACACAGAAGAUUACAAAACUGUUCCAGAAUUCCACCAGUUCAACUCUUUGAGGGUCGGGGAUCUCGUUCUCGCUACAUUUUCUUUUGUUGAUUAGCCUAACAUGGUUGUUGGAGGCGCAUGACACAGAACCUUCCCUUGCUAGAAAAGCUUGAAAUCUUGUUCAGACUGCUAAAAAGACAGACGUCAGACGUUGAUCACAUUCACUUGACAGGAGCUUGUCGUCUAACGUUAACGGGCAUGGAGGAAGCCAGUCAAGAUGCCUUUGACAGAGCCAGGCUGCAGGUGAUCAAAGACGGCUAUGAGAAGGCCUUUGAGUGCAUCAACAGGGGCCUGACCGAGGAUGAAGCUGGCCACAAGGCCCAGGCCCUGGCCCAGUACACACAGGGACGCCAGCACCUCCUCAGGGCCAUCAGUGUGCCCUCACAGGGGCAUGAGUGUGUGGGGUGCUCCUGGGAGUCAGCCCGCCAGAUGCAGCACAAGAUGCAGGAGACUCUGAACAACAUCACCACUCGAUUGGCGGUCCUAGAGACCAGCCCAGACCCUGAGUUCCCACCACCUCUAGAUGCCUCUAAUGGAGUCCCAGGGACAGCCUCUAACUCAAACCUCUACCCCAAACUGGAGAAGGAGAAACCAGAGCGGCCGUCUCCACCCAAGCUGCUGAUGACUAACCGCCAAGGUGGAGAUGUGGGAGGCAGUGUGUUUCCCUCCUUGCCUCUUUCUCCCACUAGACAGUCUGUGGUGCCUGGCGAGCUGCCCCCAGCCUACUCUUCCCAGGCGGCUGACGGCCACCUGACUAUCUCCUACGGGACAGAGUCUGGAGAAAUGUCGCUGGUGGGAGAGGAGUUCUACAGCCACAUGUCCCCCUCUCCCCCCUCUCCUCAUAGCCUGGGGGAGGAUGGAGAGGAACUCUUCUUCCUGCCUCACGGGGUACAGAUAUUCUUUGUCACACCUGACGGCCAGGUCAGCGCUCCCUCCUACCCAGGGUACCUGCGGAUGGUCAAGUUCACCAGCCAGCAGUCAGAGAGAGUGCCCAACCGGCCCCCAGCCUUCCUGCAGGUGUGUGAUUGGCUGUACCCGCUGAUGGCCACUGACUCCCCCGUCCUGCUGUGUAACACAGGGGUGUUCAUGUUCCCCGACAUGAUGGCGUCCGCCCCGGGGUCCUACGUGGGCGUUGUGCUGUCCUCUGAACUGCCUAUAGAAGACAGACAGCUGUUCCAGGACCUGCUGUCCCAGAUGACAGACCUCCGGGUGCAGGCUCCAAAUGAGGCAGCAGACAGCAUCAACCUGAGCCAGAAGGUGUCCAUCGCUUCCCUCGAGGAAGAGGAGGCCCCAGCAGCAGGAGAGGAGGAGGAGAAGAAUCUGCCAGAGUGGAGCGAGAAAGUGGCCAGCGGCAUCCUCACAGGGGCAUCGUGGCUGAGCUGGGGCCUGGUGAAGGGGGCUGAGUUCACUGGCAUAGCCAUCCAGAAGGGGGCGUCCAAACUGCGUGAGCACAUCACCCCAGAGGACAAGCCAGCCCAUGUCAGCCCCUCUGUCUCCAAGGGAUUGCAUGUAGCCAAACAGGCCACCGGGGGCGCUGUCCGCGUCAGCCAGUUCCUUGUGGACGGUGUGUGUAUGGUGGCAGGGUGUGUGGGUAGAGAGCUAGCUCCCCACGUGAAGAAACAUGGAGGCAAGUUGGUCCCGGAGUCCAUGAAGAAAGACAAAGAUGGACGAUCCAACAUUGAUGGAGCCAUGGUGGUGGCUGCUAGCGGAGUUCAAGGCUUCGCUACCAUGUGGACUGGCUUGGAAGUAGCAGCAAAGAACAUCACCGUCUCUGUUGCCUCCGAAACCGUCAACACUGUCAAGCAUAAGUAUGGGGCUGCAGCCGGCCAGGCCACAGACCAUGCUGUGAACUCAGCCAUUAACAUGGGCGUCACCGCCUUCAACAUUGACAACCUGGGCAUUAAAGCUGCGGUGAAGAAGACUGGCAAACAGACGGCUGUGGCCAUCCUGGAGGACUACCAGCUACGGGAUCCUAAUACUAACCAGAAACAAGUAGAGAAACGGGACAAAUAGGCUCCAUCCGGGAACAAGUCUACGUCCCAAAUGGCACCCUAUUCCAUAUUGUCACUACUUUUGACCAGACAAAAUAUAGAGAAUAGGGUGCAAUUUGGGACAGUCAACACCUAACCCCAUGACACUUACCAUAGCCCUUACCCGCAGUGCACUGGUGUAGAUAUGAGAGGUCUGGAUAGGUGUAAGCAAAUUGGCAACUUCUACCUGCAUAGUCUGUCAAAGGGAAAGGCUGAGGUACUACCAUAUUGAUUAAACAUAUCCUAUUCUUUCAGAUCUACCCAAGUGCCUAGAGUAGAGGCUAGGUUUGUUUCCAAAAUGGCACCCUAUUCCUGAUUUAUAGUGCACUACAAAGGGAAUUGGGUACCAUUUGGGAUGCACCCCAUGUCCUCUUCCUCUCUUUCCUUUAGAGCUUUAAUUACAACACGAUUUGUAUUCUUCUAUAAAGAAAUCUAUCUAUACAUAAAUGCUUUAGUUGACUAAUAGCCUUUAGAAAUGUUACUAGGGUUUGAUACAACUGUUAAGCACUUUAUAUCUUCAUAAUGAACGGUAUAAUGACAUUAUAAUAAUGUCAAAUAUUAUAGUAACUAAGAUGGACGUUGUGUGUAGGUAGGCUGAUGUAUAAUCGCUAAGUUAUUUGUGUUCAAUGUUGGUGAGAAGAGGACACCGGAAUUUAAAAAGUCACGUAGGUGAUAUGAAUAUAAACUGAAAGCAGGAUUCUUGUUUAAAUUUCAGAUGGAACUGUUUGUUUCAAGACUACUGCUGUUGACCUAUUGUAGUAACAGUAGUAUUACUGCAGUAGUACUGUUCACAGUUAAUGUAUCUAGAAGUAAAGGUGUAACUGAGGUAGAGUUGCACAAUUCUGGUAACUGUCCCAAAAUCCCCAGGUUUUCCAGAAAUUCUGGUUUUAGGAAUCUGGAUGUUCUGCUUAUUCCCACCUAGUCUCUUUCCCCACCCGUAACCUGAGGCCAGCAUUGGGUUCUGGGUUUCAAGAUGAAUUCACUCCUGAUUCCUGGAAGUUCCAACCAGGAUUUCUGGAAAACCUGGGAAUUUUGCAAAAGUUGCUAGAAAUGUGCAACCCUUAUCUGAAAGUCAAGGUGAAUGAGGGGGAAGAAACCCAGCAGCAUGCUAACUAUGUGCUAUAAGAAUACAUGUUUGGGUUCCUUUAACCAAUGAAAUAUUGUUAAUGUGUGAAACAAGACGAAACCCAAGCAUGCACAGGAAUAGUUCUAUAGCCGUUGAGGGUACUAUAUCAGAUGGAACAGGGUUCUCUUAAGGUAUACUCUUGUCAUAUGACUUUGUAAUGCAGAGGAAAGAGUCAAUCCAAACGUAGAAGCAGUGGAGGUUUGAACUGGUUUGAGAAUGGUCCAUGGUUUGCUUAGUAUGCCUUAAUAACCAGUUACUACAGGCUGUAUGCUACUGUAACCAUAGGCCAAUGCAGCCACCUUACAGAUAGCAAGCCCACGCUACUGUAUUGUCCUGUGGUCCAGUUCAUUAUCUUUGAGAAUCUAUAACCUAUCCUUUCAGCUUGGUAUCUGAUUAUUACUUUUUAAAGCUGUGAUAUUCAUUUUCUAUGAAAGGACAAACUUUUUUUUUUUUUUCAUGUGAUGUAAAGAGAAUCAUAUUCAAUGUCAUUAACAUUUGGACAAUUGUUUUUAACUAUGACAUCUGAAACAAAUAAUUAUGGAAAAAUGACAGAUAUAAAUACAUUAACAGUUUCGGCACAAUUUGAGUAUGUGUUUAUGAUUAGUGUCGUCGUAUAUGUGUUAUGUUGUCAACAUACUGUAUUUAACUUGUAAUGCUGUCUACCAUUCAUUAUUUACCCUGGGCUGAUGUUUAUUCAAUGUGAAUUGUCUUCAGUAAUAUUUCCCCUUCAGGGUUAAGUGAAGGCAAACUGUCUUUUUGUGUGAACUUGAAAUCUCAUGCAGUCAUUAAAUACACAUCAGCAUUCUCACAAAGUGGUUGUGAUUUUCCGAAUAAUGCCUCUGUGCUUCUGUGGCCCUAUGUGAACAAAUAGUCACAUGGUCUGAUGAUUAACCAAAUAUCUGAUAUGUAAUAAAAAGCUAUAGAAGAA